UCUUUUCUCUGUGCCCACCCAUUGAUACCAGUAAGCACAUCAAAAAGGUUAUGAUGCUGUAGUUGGUGAUCAACCUACCAAGUGCUUUCUUGUGUAUCAAGUUUAAUAAUUGAUAUCGCUUGCCUUUUAUUUCUUUAAAAAGGCUUUGAAUCAUGCACCUUGGCGUAUCUGUUAAAUUCUUAAACUCAUUUACCCAACAAGCUCCCAUGCGAUUUAGUCCAUCUGCUCGAUUGCCAUUUUUUGUGAUUCUUCUUGAGUCAAAUACCACUCAGUACUUGCCGCAAAGCUUGCUUUUGUUGAACCUCCUUGGUGUUUUUUAGUCCUUGAUGCCAUUCUAUUCCUUAGAAGCCAUUAGAGAGGGAUCAAGAGCACAGUUUUAACUGAAUCCUACAAAGAUAGAACCAUGGAAGAAAUAUUUGUGCCAUUUCGAGGAAUCAAGAAUGACCUUAGAGGAAGAUUAAUGUGUUACAAACAAGAUUGGACGGGUGGAUUUAGAGCAGGCUUCAGGAUUCUGGCUCCCACCACAUACAUAUUUUUUGCUUCAGCAAUACCGGUCAUUUCAUUUGGUGAACAACUGGAGCGAAACACUGAGGGAGUUCUGACGGCAGUUCAAACCUUAGCUUCCACUGCCCUUUGCGGGAUUAUACACUCUAUCAUUGGAGGUCAACCUUUGUUGAUUUUAGGUGUUGCAGAGCCCACUGUGAUUAUGUACACAUUCUUGUUUAAUUUUGCUAAAGAGAGACCGGACUUGGGUCGAAAUCUGUUUCUGGCAUGGACUGGAUGGAUAUGUGUCUGGACAGCAUUCUUGCUGUUCUUAUUGUCUAUUUUAGGAGCUUGCUCCAUUAUCAAUAGGUUCACCCGUGUGGCUGGAGAAUUAUUUGGUCUGCUAAUAGCAAUGCUUUUCAUGCAGCAAGCUAUAAAAGGACUAGUAGAAGAGUUUCGCAUCCCAAAGAGAGAAAAUUCAAACUUAACUGAGUUCAUACCUUCAUGGAGAUUUGCAAAUGGCAUGUUUGCUUUGGUUCUAUCAUUUGGCCUUCUGAUAACUGCAUUAAGAAGCCGGAAGGCAAGGUCAUGGCGGUAUGGGUCUGGUUGGAUUCGAAGCCUAAUUGCCGACUACGGUGUACCGCUUAUGGUGCUGGUCUGGACAGCUGUUUCUUACAUACCAGCCAGCAGUGUUCCGAAAGGGAUCCCACGGCGCCUCUUCAGCCCAAAUCCCUGGUCACCUGGUGCAUAUGAUAAUUGGACAGUCAUUAAGGAUAUGCUGAAUGUUCCUGUUGUCUACAUAAUCGGAGCUUUCAUUCCGGCAACAAUGAUUGCGGUGCUUUAUUAUUUUGACCAUAGUGUAGCAUCUCAACUUGCUCAACAGAAGGAGUUCAAUCUGAGAAAGCCAUCUUCUUACCAUUAUGACUUACUUCUGUUGGGAUUUCUGACCUUAUUGUGUGGUCUUAUUGGAAUUCCUCCAGCAAAUGGAGUUAUCCCACAAUCUCCAAUGCAUACAAAGAGUUUGGCUACUCUCAAACACCAGUUGCUUCGCAAUAGGCUGGUUGCUACAGCCCGCAGAAGUAUUAGAAGAAAUGCUAGCUUAGGACAGCUGUACGGACAUAUGCAAGAAACCUAUCAACAAAUGCAGACCCCUUUGAUCUACCAGGAGGCCUCAACUCGGGGACUAAAGCAUUUAAAAGAAUCAACUAUUCAAGCAGCUACAUGUAUGGGACAUAUGGACGCCCCGGUUGAUGAAACAGUGUUUGAUAUUGAGAAGGAAAUCGAUGAUCUUCUGCCUGUUGAGGUGAAGGAACAGCGUCUCAGUAACUUUCUUCAAUCUAUAAUUGUUGGAGGAUGUGUUGCUGCCAUGCCCUUCCUCAAAAUGAUUCCAACCUCAGUUCUAUGGGGCUACUUUGCAUUCAUGGCAAUUGAAAGUUUACCUGGGAAUCAAUUCUGGGAAAGAAUCUUACUGCUCUUCACGGCACCAAGCAGAAGAUACAAAGUCCUAGAGGAAUACCAUGCAACUUUUGUGGAAACAGUGCCUUUUAAGACAAUAGCAACAUUCACCAUUUUCCAAACAACCUAUUUGCUUAUAUGUUUUGGACUUACAUGGAUUCCAAUUGCCGGACUUAUGUUUCCAUUAAUGAUCAUGCUUUUGGUUCCUGUAAGACAGUACUUUUUGCCCAAGUUUUUCAAAGGGGCUCAUCUUCAAGACUUGGAUGCUGCAGAGUAUGAAGAGGCACCAGCUUUGCCAUUUAACCUUGCAGCAGAAGCAGAGAUUGGUGCUGGAGCUUCCUUUACAGAUGAAGGAGAGAUUUUAGAUGAAGUUAUCACGAGAAGCCGGGGUGAGUUCAGGCAUGUGAGUAGUCCUAAGAUCACAAGCUCCACGGCAACCCCAGCAAAUGACCCUAAAAGCCUUCAAAGCCCGCGCCCCACAUACAGUCCUCGGCUCAGUGAGCUAAGAGGGGAGCUAAGUCCUCGUGCUAGUAGUAGAGGACCACAAAGUCCAAGGACUGGAGAAGUAAGAUUGUCUAAUCUAGGAAAGAGUCCUCCUGAAACAGCAUCAAAAUAGGGAGAAAAACAGACUAGUGUAAACUAGUAAUCCUUUGAUCUCUGUGUUUAUGUCCGAUUCAAGUGGAGAACCACAAAACAAAAAAGCUCAAUAUGUUUUGUUUGUGUCCAAAAAGAAAGUAGCUUGACAACAUCCAUGAGAAGAAACCAGAAUUUCAUGAUUUGAUUGAAGAUGGGACAUAGAAGUUGACCACAACCAGCUAUGAUUUUCAUGUGAUCAGUAAAUGGUGAACCACCCUUAAAUCUGAUAUCAAAGGAAGUCCCAAGAGCAGCAUCAGCCGCAGAUAGUGCAUCCCAGAAAUGGCAUUUGCCACGCCGUGACGUUGAUAUAUAUAAAGAGAAGAUUGAUUGACACCGAUCUGCAUGGAUGAUGUUGACAGAUCUACAAUCUAUGUAUGCCGAUGGUUAUCCGAUGGUUAAUGCUGUACAUACAGAAUUUCCUCUAUGUUUGUGCCCACAAAAUUCUGCAUGAAAUUUAACAAUGAAAAAGGACGAAAAUACCAAAAUGGAAGAACCAUUUUCUUUCUGAUCUUCAAUAUCUUCAUACACCAAGCGAUCAUCAUCAGUAUAUACCACGCCAAAGUGAAAGGCUAAGACCAUCCAAGUUCUUAAUUCUGUUCUUCAGUUCUGCAGUGUUUCUUCAUUCUUGAGAGGACAAUGACUGGACCGGAGACAUUACUGAAAUAUUGUUUGUCAAUUGCACCAUCCUUUUAUUUAUUUAUUUUCCUUUUUUGUUCCUCUGCUUGGCGCAUAAAAAUUAUUGAUUACGUGCGUUCCGGAUGUUUCUGACCAAAAGUGGAAAGAAAAAGCAAAUGCUCUGAUCUUCUUCAAGCUUCUUCAUCAAUGGCUGGCACUCUUUUUGCUUUCAU